AUGGCGUCGACCGCGUCCACGCCCGACGAGUCCCAAUCGCCACCCUCUUCUCCUACCCCAUCAAGUCCCGUAGCCAGUGCCACCUCGCCCACACACUUGUCCCCCGAUCGCCUCUCGGCUCGCUCCGUCUCGACGGGCAGCGCAACAGCAGGCAUGACGCCCUCCUCGACGCCGCUCGGCAAUAUCAACGCCGCCAGAAAUCCUCGCCCACCAAACCCCCCUACCAUCUCCAGCCGAGGCAGUGGGCUCAACGUCUCUCAGGACAUCUUGGCCAGGAUACAAGCAGUGCACCUUGGCCGUCAAGGUGCCCCGCCAAAUGGCGCCCCAGGUCGGGGUCCCCUCGCUCCAACUCCAAACCCAAAUGCAAACUCGCGGGGUCCUAUGUCUCCCAGUGGGCCUGUAUUGGGCAACCCUGGCGGCGUACCCGGCGGCUUUCGAUUACCUCCUCCCAAGCCGCACAUGACCAGUUUUGCGUCCGCGCCAGCUGUCCCUGGCCGUGCAGGUGCACCUAAGAUGUCCCUCGCAGAAAAGCGCGGUAUGCGGCCGGCAGGUGGAUUGUCAGCCCGGGCUCCCUCUGGCACUAGCCCGGCUCCUCCUGCUGGCAGGAAGCGCCCUGGCCUCACUCUCUCACAAAUGAACGGAGACAAGCCGGAAGACGUGCCAAAGAAACCAGAGACCAUGCUUGACAAGUAUUCCCAGUACAUCGACACCCAGACUGGCACGCUGAAAUUUGCGGGCAAAGCCAUCCUGAACUCGGAGGGCGUGCAGUUUGCAGGCGGGACUACUUUUAACAUCUCGUUGGAUGAGGUCGACACGCUGGACGAGCUCGGCAAAGGCAACUACGGCACAGUAUACAAGGUCAGGCACAGCAGACCACGAAUGCGGAAACCCGGUCAGGGCUUGGCCGGCAAUAAAGCUGCGCCAGGCUCCCCUUCUCGAAAGACCUUCGAUGGGGACGAAUCGAGCCCGACCAGCGUAAAACCCGCCGUAGGGACUGGCAUCAUAAUGGCCAUGAAGGAAGUCAGGCUCGAACUAGACGACUCCAAGUUCGCUGCUAUCAUCAUGGAAUUGGACGUCCUGCAUCGCUGCGUAUCGCCAUAUAUUGUCGAUUUUUAUGGCGCCUUUUUCCAAGAAGGUGCCGUGUAUAUAUGCAUGGAGUUCAUGGACGGCGGCUCGAUAGACAAGCUUUACGGCGACGGUGUACCGGAAGGCGUACUCCGCAAAAUUACCCUAGCCACAACAAUGGGUCUGAAGUCGCUAAAGGACGAGCACAACAUCAUCCACCGCGAUGUGAAACCCACAAACAUUCUCAUGAACACGAAGGGCCAAAUCAAAAUCUGCGAUUUUGGCGUGAGCGGAAACUUGGUCGCGAGCAUUGCCAAAACCAACAUUGGAUGUCAAAGUUACAUGGCACCCGAGAGAAUUUCUUCUGGUGGCAUUGCACAAGCGGGUGCGAAUCCAGGAGGCGGCACAUACAGCGUGCAGAGCGACAUCUGGAGUUUGGGUCUCACCAUCAUCGAGUGCGCGUUGGGCCGAUACCCAUACCCCCCAGAAACGUACAACAACAUCUUCAGCCAGCUCAGCGCCAUUGUCGAUGGCGAACCUCCGGAUCUGCCUCCCGAGGGCUAUUCGGAAGCUGCACGAAAUUUUGUACGCGGCUGCCUCAACAAAAUUCCAAACCUACGACCAACAUACGCAAUGCUGCUUCAACACGCGUGGCUUGCACCCCUCGCGAAACCGGAAACGAUCACGGAAGAAGACGAGGAAGAGGUGGAAGCAGCCCACCAGGCAGUUGGUGGCGAAGCUGCUGGCGACCAGGGCGUGGCUGUGCCGGUGGAGAUACUUGCCGAUAAGGAGGUUGCAGAUUGGGUCAAGGGUGCUAUUGAAAAGCGUAGGAAUGGCACGCUGAAGCGCUCGGAGAAGCCUGCCCUGCACGCUGCACCUCUAGACGCGGUGUCAAGCCCUUCGCACAAGGACACAAACGGCCUAGACGAAGCACUUCCAGAAGCAACAACAACCUAG